GGUAACGCAUUCUCGAAACGACAUGAGGCCGGGUGAUAUAAAGCCUUCAGUCUGAUUUCCCGUUUUUCACAACCUCUUUUCAUGGCGACUCCCACUACACUCUCGCGCGAAGGAACUAUCGCGGAGGUCCCCGUUUCCCCUGAUGGUACUCCUUCAGCUACUCCACAGCCGAGGAAGGAUAAGACCCAAAUUCAGCUAACCGACCAGACCAACGUUCUCCCAUUCAGGAAAGUCGUCGCGGUAUUUUUCGGGCUGGGUCUUUGUGUUUUCGUGACUGCGCUCGACUCUGUCAGUGUAGCUACGUCUCUAGCCACGAUCAAUACCGCGUUCCAUGCGGGUUCUGUGAUCUCGUGGGUGCCGUCGGCGUAUAUGCUGGUUUCGACAGCGUUUCAGCCUCUGUAUGGACGGUUCAGCGAUAUUUUUGGGAGAAAGGCAGCGUUGACGAUGGCCAUGUCGAUAUUCAUGAUCGGAAACUUGGUUGCAGGGUUUUCGAAGAAUAUUAUCCAGCUGAUCGUGUGUAGAGGAUUUGCUGGUGCUGGGGGUGGUGGCAUCGUCAGUAUGAUGCAAAUCGUGGUGUCUGAUAUUGUGACCUUGAGGGAUAGGGGAAAAUAUCAAGGUAUUAUUCAAGGAGUCGUCGCGAUUGGAUACACCGUUGGCCCUCUCAUCGGGGGUGCUCUAUCCCAGAGCAUCGGUUGGAGGUGGUGUUUUUGGAUUACCAUUCCGGUUUCUUUCGUUGCCACAGGGAUUGUAGUAUUCAUUCUUCCCUUGAAACCAGUACAAAGUGGUAUUCGAAAGAAGCUUUUGUCUAUUGACUAUCUAGGCACUGUUUUGACGUUGACAUCUUGCACUCUCGUCAUGCUACCAUUGAUUUGGGGCGGUGUCACAUUUCCGUGGUCGUCACCCGUCAUUCUGGCGCCUUUGUUUUCGGGUUUCCUUCUGGCGUUCAUCUUCUGUGUCUGGGAAUGGAAAGGUGCACGUCUUCCUAUCGUCCCUAUGUACAUCUUCAAGCACGCGACAAUUUGCGGGGUUUACAUUACGAUGUUUAUGAACGGCUUCGUCUUCUUCUCGUCUUUGUACUACUUGCCGCAGUUCUUUCAGGUCGUUCUCGCAUAUAAACCAAUUCAUUCCGGCAUGUUCCUCAUCCCACUUCUCGUUGGUCAACUAGUUGCCAGCUUCGCUUCGGGGAUUACGAUCAGUCGCAGGGGAAAAUACAAGGUCUUGAUUCACUCGGGGUUCGCAAUAUGGGCAGUCGGGUGCGGCUGUAUUUCGACUAUUAGCCACAAAUCAAACCAGGGUUCGAUGGCCGUGUUUAUGCUACUUUCUGGUAUUGGCGCUGGACAGACUUUGCAACCGACAACAAUCGCCGCUCAGGCUAGCGUUCCGCGCAAGGACAUGUCUGUGGUUACUGUGUUCCGAAACUUUGUACGAAACCUCGGGGGCACCUUAUCCUUGGCCAUAGGCUCGACCAUGAUCAACAACACGCUGCGUAAAGCCAUGAACGACCUCUCUAUCUCUGAGUCGCUCAUCUCGACCAUUAUUGAUGACCCCUCCUACCUCGCCAAACCGACGUCGGAAAUCGGCCUCUCUGCUGCCAGUGUUUCCUACAUCUUGAAUCAAGGGUACACGAAGGGCUUCAAGGAUGUCUUCUAUCUCAAUGCAUCUUUGACGGCGUUCGCGACUCUGAUCAGUAUGGUAUUGAUCAAGGACAAAGAUUUGAGCCGGGACGAUGCUAGGCUGAAAAGUAGGGUAGAGAAGGUUGCGGAGAGGGAUGGAUGAAAUGACCAGAGGUUGUAACCUAGAUACUAGAUUUACUUAUCAUCAAGUACGUACUUUCAAUGAAUCUUGCCUGUGCUUGCUUCAUCG